AAUAAAAUCAUCGCCCGACGCCGAAACACCUCCCUCUCCUCCUCUCCCCCUCUCCCCCUCUCCCAUCUAUUCCGAUAUCCUCUGUACGGACUGAUUCCAUUUCGACACCCUAGACGGGCGAAUCAGGCUGCCGAAGUUUUCCGUCCCACCGCCGCGAAAAUCUUCCCCUCCGCCAGGGUGAUUUCCCGUUUCUGGUACUUGAAAUAUGUUUUGGCAUUCUUGUGAAGUUGCAAGCGGGGAGUCAUUCUGCUGACAAUUGGCUGGAAAAACAGUUGGUCCAUUGGCGUGAUUUUAUAGCUAGGUACUAGGAGACUGCAAUAAUUGAGAUCACAGGAACCCUGAGAAAGCUCAGAAAUUCUUGCUGGACUUUGACCUGAUGCCAUGGAUAAUUUAUGUACAACAAUUGGUCCGAAGGGUCUGAUAAUGAGGCACGAAUUCGUCAGGCUGAUUAUCCAAAGCCUCUAUUCAUUGGGUUACAGAAAGUCCGCUUUGACUUUGGAAUCAGAAUCCAGUAUUUCUGGGAAAUCUUCACAGCUUGAGUUGCUAGAGUCCCAGAUUCUUCAGGGUAAUUGGGAUGCCUGCAUAGGCAUCAUUAACUCGAUGGAGGAUUUGGUGGAGGAAGCACGAUCUUCAGCAUUGUUUCUUCUCUUUAAACAGUUUUUGUCAGAAUGUUUGAAUUGUGGCAACAUCUCGUUGGCACUGCAUAUUUUACGGAAUCAGGUUCCCGCCUUACUGGUUAGAGAGAAAGUGUGCAAUCUUGCUCGUGGUAUAUUUUCCUUAAAGGAGAUAGGUUACAGAAACAAAGAAGAAAUCCACGAUCUGCGAAAAAGCUGCUUAUGUGAGAUGGAAAAAUUGCUUCCUCCUCCUAUUCUUCUGGCUGAAGGAAGGCUGGUAUAUCUGGUUGAAAAUGCUGUCAUUGCCCAAAUUGAUUGUUGCAAGUAUCACAAUACAGAUGCGGGAGUUUCUCUUUAUCAGGAUCACUGCUGUUCCAGAGAUCAGAUACCCACAGAGACCUUUCAGAUUUUAACAGAGCACAAGAAUGAAGUUUGGUUUGUACAGUUCUCAAAUAAUGGAGAGUAUUUGGCCUCGUCUUCAAGUGACUGUACAGCAAUUGUGUGGAAGGUAAUGGAAGAUGGGCAAUUGGCAUUUAAACACGUGUUAAGCAGUCACCACAAACCGGUAUCCUUAGUGGCCUGGAGUCCUGAUGAUACCAGAUUGCUGACAUGUGGGAAUGGAGAAGUCCUCAAGCUGUGGGAUGUGGAAACAGGUACAUGCUUGAGUACAUUUGGAGGUCAUGGCUUCAUUGUCAGCUCAUGUGCUUGGUUUCCGGACUCAAAGCAACUCGUGUGUGGCAGUUCGGAGCCUGGGAAGGGCAUCUACGUGUGGGACUGUGAUGGAAAAGAAAUAAAAUCAUGGAAGGGAAGAAGGAUGCCAAAGGUUUCAGAUCUUGCCGUGACACCGGAUGGGGAGCAUCUUAUAGUUGUCUCUGAUAAAGAAAUCCGCAAGUUUAAUGUGGAGACAAGUACUGAACAAUUGAUCUUGGAGGCACAUUCAAUCACAUCCCUUUCAGUGUCCACCAAUGGCGACUACUUCAUCGUCAAUCUCAACAGCCAGGAGAUCCAUCUAUGGGAUGUUGCCUGCAAAUGGGAUAAGCCACUUAGGUUCGUGGGCCACAAGCAAGACAAGUAUGUCAUACGCUCCUGCUUUGGUGGGUUGAAUAGCUCAUUCAUCGCAAGUGGCAGCGAAGAUUCCCAGGUUUACAUAUGGAAUCGAAGAGAUCCAAAGCCGAUUGAGAUCUUAAGCGGCCAUCUGAUGACAGUGAAUUGCGUGAGCUGGAACCCGAGAAGGCAUCGAAUGUUGGCAUCUGCGAGUGAUGAUGGUACAGUUCGGAUAUGGGGACCAAGUAAGCUCAACAGCCAUUCAAAAUAGAAGCUUCCGAGCUCGAGUGUGCUACUUGGUUGGUAGUGUACAUAGCUCUCCUUUUCUUUUCAGGGUAGAUUCUGUAAAUUUGUGGCUGCCCAUUGUUUGCCCUUCCCUACCGUCAAAUUUUGCUUAGCUUACAUUUUAUUGCGCCUUUUCUUUUGUUUUUUGCCCAUUUUUCAAGUCGAAUUUUACUCUACGGCUUUGGUCUAUCUGUUAAGCGAAACGUUUGUAUAUGGAACAUGGUGGCUUUAUUUGUACAAAAUGGUCUAAGUGCUCGAUCAAAUG